GUUUGAAAAUGAAGCACAAGCUCUGUCCGAUAAUGACAGCUAGAGAAAGAUUUAAUAUAAAACUACUUAAAAUUCGAAAAAUUAAAAAAAUUCAGAAUGUGCAUGAAAUGCGAGAGAGUAAAGAACAAUCUACUAAGAUUACGAAGAGGCAAAAGAGGAGUUCUCUAAGUACAAUCUCUGGGUUCCCCUCCACCCUCGCCUUGGCUGCUCCAGACCAGAAGUUGUACUCCAGAAACCUAAAUUUAUGGCUGAAGCUGUCGAAGUAAGAGGAUUACUAGGUCAUUUCAUCCUUCGAAGAAUAAAAAUGCUGUGCAGAAUAAAAAGACAUAUUUUGUGAAGAAUGGGAUGAAAAAUAGUGAUAAUCCUGAAGAAAGGGACAAGAUUUAUGAAUUUUUGAAAUCGUUAUCUCUAAGGAAAUCCAUGAAAGAUCCGUCUGGAGAGCAGCCCUUUAUGACAGAAGUUAAAGAUUUCAGAACAUCUAGAAAACAUAAGAAGGGCAAGUCCUUCAAAGAAAUAGUGGCAAAGGUUCACAACAGAGUCGAGAGGUUAACUGAGACGAACUUUCAUAAGGUUAUUAUCGAUUCAUAUCAAAAUAAACUUAAAAAUGAUUUAUACAAAUCGACACCUAAGCACGAUGAAGAAGAAGACAAAGAGUCUAAAGAUAUCUCAGAAUCUAUUUAAAAAAUGUAAGGAAAUCAUCAGGAGGUCUAAAUAAGUUGCUUCCUGAUGAAAAUUUGAAGAAACCCAAAAGAAUCUUAAAAACUUCUCAAAGUGUUCAAAAUAGAGCGAAUCAGUUUAGCAAUAACGGAAGGGUUUACUCUUUAAGUCCUUGCAUUGAUAGAGUUGUUAAAGAUAUCAGAAAUGACAAAUUCGAUAAGCAGAAGAUGCUUGCUCGUAUAGAUAAAUAAGCUUCUUCAUAGUAAAUUUCCAUCAACCAAAUUUGUCAAAGAAGAUUAUGACAAAUUCAUCCCAGAAUGUUUUAAGAACAAAAUAUUAAGCCCUGAUUCCAGUAAUUCAUCUGAAGAGGAGAACCCGAUGAAAAAGCUUAAGAAAGAAGAAGCAAAUGAAUUCUAUAAUAUAGUCAGGAGCAUUUUUAAUUCUGCCAAUGUAAGCCUGAACAACGAGCAGUUAUAUUCUCCAUUUUUGGAGGCUCUGAUCAAGAAUUAUUCUGCAAGGCUAAGCCACAUCACAAAAGAUCCUCCGAAUCAGAGAAAAAUCAAGAGGAAGGAGUCAUUAACAAUGACAAUUCCUGGGGAGAGCCCAGAAAUGAAAUACCGCACUGCCCAGCUACACCUACUGGAUAUGAGAUCCAGUCUCGAAAUGCACGAAAAUAGAGCGAUGCAGGAUAGAAAAGAUAGAGAUAGAUCCAACCGAUUUGUUCAUUUUGAUAAAAAUGAACUCAAUAGUAAAAAUGUGAAGAAAAUCUAUAAAAACGAACUGAAAAUGAGAAACCAAGAGAAGGAAUUCCACUAUCUGGAUAAGUUAUGCAUGGAAGUCAUGGGACCUCAAGGAUCCAAAGAAUGGCUCAGCCAUGAUAUUGAUUUCAUAGAUGAUGUGGUUUCUAAAAAGGCUUACCAAGCCAUGAAAAGACGAAAGACAAUGGACUCCAGAGAAAAGCAAAAAGAUAUGGAGCUUGAAAAGAAAGAAGGAACUGUAUACGAAGAUAUGCUGGAAUGUAUGAAUACUUUCAGUUAA